AUGACGGUGCUGAUGCCCCAUCAUGUGCUGCUGCCGUCCGCCGUGCGGGUGCACGCAAUCGGCGCGUUCACGUACCCAGGCUUUGUGGGCAGGAUGCGGCGCAAGCUGCGCGAGCCGCAGCCCCCGACGGGACGCGAGCCACGCCCCUGCCUGCUGCAAACGGACCCGUGGCUGUGCCCCACCGACGCGGCUGCACUGCGGCCGAAGGUGCUCCAUCCCGGGAAGGUGGACGCAAAGUACCGGGUGCUGUACGUGCCGGGGGUCGAAAACUUUCCGCUAGUGGACGACUUUUUCUUCGUUGGGGCGCCGCGGAGGACGACGGUUGGGCUGCAGACAAGCGCGGCGAAGGCGCGCCGCGUUGCAACCGACACGGCGAGGCAGUUCAACGAGCAGCUGGCGGAGUUUUUUGACGGCUGGGAGGCGUUUGCCCGGGGUUUGCCGUGGGAGAUUAUUUACGCGCAGCCUGCGGAUAGCGUGACGGUACACGCGUGUCAGGAGUGCAUGAAUGCGGGCGACAGGGCCAGUGCGGAAGAUGAGAGGCACAGGACCUUUUGGGACAACGAGGUGCACCAGUACCACGUAGCGAUAUCACACGAAGACGCAAUUGCUGUGUGUAGUGAGUGGAACGGCUUCAUCUUUUCCCUUUGCCCUCUCUUGUGGCGCCUCACUUCCACGAGCACCGCGGCGCGGCUGGGGAGCGGGCGGUUGCGUUUGGGGCGGGGGCGGCGGCGGUGCCACUGCGCUGCUUAA